GGUUUUGAAGACUCCGGACCAGAAUGUCUUCUUCUCCCCACUGAGUGUCUCCACUUCCCUGGCCAUGCUCUCCCUCGGGGCCCGCUCAGCCACCAAGACCCAGAUCCUCCAGAGCCUGGGGUUCAACCUCACACACGUGCCAGAGCCCGCCAUCCACCAGGCUUUCCAGCACCUGCUCCAGUCGCUCAGAGCCCCCAGCAAAGACCUGGACCUGAGGAUGGGGAGUGUCCUCUUCAUCAAAAAGGAGCUGUGGCUGCAGACAAAUUUCUUGGACAACAUCAAGAGGCUGUAUGAGUCGAAAGUCUUUUCUACAGAUUUCUCAAGCACCUCCACUGCCCGGGAGCAGAUCAACAGCUAUGUGGAGAAGGAGACCGAAGGGAAGGUCGUAGACUUAAUCCAAGGCCUUGAACCUCUGACAGUCAUGGUUCUGGUGAACCACAUUUUCUUUAAAGCCAAGUGGGAGAAGCCCUUUAACCCAGGAUAUACGAGGAAGAGCUCCCCAUUCCUGGUGGGCAAGAGGACCACUGUGAAGGUCCCAAUGAUGCAUCAGGUAGAACAGUUUGCUUUUGGAGUGGAUUCAGAGCUGAACUGCUCUGUGCUGCAGAUGGACUACAGUGGAGACAUUGUGGCCUUCUUUGUUCUCCCUGGCCAGGGCAAGAUGGGGCAGCUGGAACAGGCCUUGUCAGCCAGGAUGCUGAGGAAAUGGAGCCACUUACUCCAGAAGAGGUGGAUAGAGGUGUUCAUUCCAAAAUUCUCCAUUUCUGCCUCCUAUGACCUGGAAACCAUCCUCCCGAAGAUGGGCAUCCGGGAUGCCUUUGAUAAAAAUGCUGAUUUUUCUGGAAUCACAAGGAGAGACUUCCUGCAGCUUUCCAAAGCCACCCACAAAGCUGUGCUGGACGUCAGUGAGGAGGGCACCGAAGCUGCAGUGGCCACGGCCACCAAGCUCACAGUCCGCUCCAAGGAUGGCCCCUCUCACACCGUCGUGCGCUUCAAUCGGUCCUUCUUGCUGCUGCUGGUCAGGAGAGCCACAGAGGCUGUCCUCUUCCUCGGGAAGGUUGAAAAUCCCACGAAAUUCUAGGUGGAAACCUCCUGCGACGGAGUCCACGUUGAAAACACUCAGGAAAUAAACCAUGUUGUGAUGA